AUGGGAGAGCUGGAGAAGUUGGACCUAGGUGGUCAGCUAGAGCUAAGACGGCUCGAAAAUGCGACAGGAGCAGAUGCAAGAGCAGCAAGUCUUUGGGACAAGAAAAGUCUGGAAGAACUAACAUUAAGAUGGUCUGAUGGUCAUGACAAGGAUGCAGAUAAGGAGGUGCUGGAAGGUCUCAGACCUCAUGAUGGGUUGAAGGCUAUGAAGAUGUAUUGUUGCGGGAGCAGUAGUAUUCCUGCAUGGAUGCUUGAGCUGCAGGGCAUGGUGGAGCUCGCGUUAGAAGAUUGCCAAAAUCUUGAGAAGCUUCCUGCACUUUGGCAGUUACCAUCCCUCCAAUUUCUUUACUUGAGCGACCUGCAAAAUUUAUAUUGCUUGUUCAGCGGUGGUGCUCCCUCCAAGUUUCAGAAACUGAAGAGGAUGGCCUUAAACAAAAUGCCAAAGUUUGAGACGUGGUGGGACACGAAUGAGGUGCAAGGAGAAGAUCCGCUAUUUCCCGAGGUUGAGUAUCUGAGGAUCAGGGAUUGUGGAAGCCUCACAGCAUUACCAAAAGCAUCGGUGGUUGUUAAACAAUCUUCUGGCGAAGAUGACACCGAGUGCCGCUCCACGUUUCCAGCAUUGAGAGAGAUGGAGUUAUAUAAUUUGAAGAAGUUUCACAGAUGGGAGGCAGUUGAAGUUGAAGGAACUACUCUAGGAGAACAAGUAACAUUUCCUCAGCUUGAGAAACUAGUAAUUUGGAAUGACUCAGGGCUGACUACUUUUCCUGAAGCACCAAAGCUAAGUACGUUAGACCUACCGGACUGCUGCAGUGAAGAAGCAUCCCUACAGGCGGCUAGCAGAUAUAUUACUUCAUUGUCCAGUCUGAAACUGAAGGCGUCAUACAAUUCAGACAAUUCGAUUGAAGUUGUGCUAUCACAGUUGAAAAUCUGUUUCUGCCAUGGUCUAGUCUACUGGCCAGAAAGUCUGUUCCAGUACCUGGAUGAUUCGAACCCGCGGACGGAGACUGCACAAAGAAGUAGAGAUUGCAUGUUUGAGUAA